UUCAGUUUUCAGCACAUAAGACCGAGUGACAGGCACUUCGGUCAUGGCGACGUUGAUACACCUCGUAAGCUGUUAAGGAUGUCUUCUCUUGUUUUUAUCUCUUAAAAAGAACCCUGAAAACCCUAACUAGGAAAGUGAUAUAGAGGAGUUAAUGAUCUGUUAUUGAAGUUUAGAGGAAGAAUUAAUUUUCUGAUAAUGGCUAGUACUCGAAAAUUCAGUGGCAACACACUUUGUAGUGGAUUGACAAGUAGAAGUAGUAGUGAACAGAGUAAAUUAGCAAAUGUAAAGAGGCAACUUUGUUUGCCCAGUCAAAAUGAAGUUCCUAAAAGUUUGGGGGGCGGGGAUGCUGCGUCGAGAAAGUGUCAUUUGUGUGCCGAGCAGAUGACUUCUUUGUUGCCUCUGGUGAUCAGACGCAGGAAGACGCGGUUUGGGGUGGUUUAUAGUCAGUCAAGUUCUGGGUAUGGUGUGGAUUCCACUGGUGUGCAGGAGAGAUUAGUUUUAGAAGAAGAAGAGCGCGACAUUGUUAAUGGUUCGAGAGAUGAAGAAAUUGAUUCAACCGGGGUUCCAAUCAAUCUACCACAUUCUUCAGAUGUCAAACAUGAGCUUAUAAUGCUUUCUUUGCCUGCAAUUGCUGGACAGGCUAUUGAUCCCUUUGCCCAGUUGAUGGAGACAGCUUUUAUUGGCAGAUUAGGUCCUGUAGAGUUGGGUUCUGCUGGUGUUUCUGUUAUGAUCUUUAACAAUAUAUCAAAGCUAUUCAAUAUUCCUCUUCUAAGUGUUGCAACAUCUUUUGUUGCUGAAGACAUUGCAAAGAAUGCAACCAAAGAUACUACUUCAGAAAAGGGCAUUCAGGAAGAAAACAGUAAUAAUGGUAAACCUAUUGGGGUGGUUGAAAGAAAGCAACUAUCCUCUGUGUCCACUGCUUUACUAUUAGCUAUUGGGAUUGGAAUCUUUGAGGCUGUAGCUUUGUCUCUGGGAUGUGGAUCAUUUCUUAACUUGAUGGGCAUAACAGUGGGUUCACCAAUGCGCAUUCCUGCAGAACGAUUUCUUUCACUGAGAGCCUUUGGGGCUCCUGCUGUUGUAGUUUCCUUGGCUCUGCAAGGCAUUUUUCGUGGCUUCAAGGAUACUAGAACUCCUGUUUUUUGUCUUGGUUUGGGUAAUAUAUCAGCUAUAUUUUUAUUUCCCACACUCAUGUAUUAUCUUAAGUUGGGUGUCACUGGGGCGGCUAUUUCCACAGUAGUGUCGCAAUACCUUGUUACUAUUUUGAUGGUUUGGCAGCUAAAUAAGAGGGUUAUAUUAUUACCUCCAAAGAUUGGAGAACUCCAAUUUGGCGUCUACAUGAAAUCUGGUGGCUUUCUUAUUGGAAGAACUCUUGCUGUUUUAAUGACCAUGACAUUGGCAACAUCAAUGGCAGCUCGUCAAGGUGUGGUAGCAAUGGCUGCACAUCAGAUAUGUAUGCAGAUAUGGUUGGCUGUAUCUCUUCUCACAGAUGCAUUCGCUGGAUCUGGUCAGGCUCUAAUUGCAAGUUACUCAUCAGAAGGUGACUACAUGACUGUGAAAGAAGUCACAAACUUUGUUUUAAAGAUUGGACUAGUUGUGGGUGUUUUCUUGGCUGUGAUUCUGGGUGUAUCUUUUGGCUCCGUAGCCACCUUGUUUACCAAGGAUGCUGAUGUAUUAAGAAUUGUGAGAACUGGGAUAUUGUUUGUUAGUGCUAGCCAACCUAUCAAUGCCUUAGCUUUUAUUUUUGAUGGUCUACAUUAUGGUGUUUCUGACUUUCCAUAUGCAGCGAAAUCUAUGAUGUUGGUUGGGUUAGUAUCAUCUGCCUUUCUGCUCUAUGCUCCACCAAUUAUGGGGCUCCCUGGGGUUUGGUCUGGUUUGGCUCUCUUUAUGGGCUUGCGUACAGUGGCAGGAUAUAUGAGAUUACUAUCAAAAUCUGGUCCAUGGUGGUUCAUGCAUGAGGAUUUGGAGGCUGUUCAGGUUGGCUAGUGUUCAGGAUGCGGAAAAUUAUUAACCAGGCAAUUUAGCCUUCAGAAAGGCAACGUACAAUCAUAAAAAGGGAGGACAAAAACAGAACUUCAGAUGUUGGAUUAAUGUCCAGGUAGUGCUGGUGAAGAGUUAUGAGACAGGAUAGAACAACAUUGCUUGCUUCUUUAUUGGUGUGAAGGUCAUUGUUUUACACUGCUGAUUAAAGAACCACAUUGAAUAGCAAUUUUGACUCAAAGUUGUUUUGUUUCCUCUAACCUUAAUUCACUGAUGAUCAAGAAGUUUUGGUAAAAAAAGGAAAAAAACAUUCAAAUGUUGCACCUAUUGGCUAUUACACUGUAUUGGGUAGAGAUAAUUGGUUAUUUUUCA